UUGUGACGUUGUAAAGCUAAUUGGCUUUUCUUGUUGUUUUGUGUUAUCCAGGAGAUCCUGACAGUGAUGUGUGCAGCCUUGAUGAAAACACGCUCAUGUUGAAGAACCAAGACAUCAACUUCCUGAACACCAUUCUCACCCAGCUGCAAUUCGAGGUCUUCCAGGAGGCUGACAUCAUCAUCAGGCAGAACACGUCCAGAGACCGCAUGUUCUUCAUCGAGCACCGCCAGUUCCUGGUGAAGACCGACUUUUUCCAGAAGGAGCUUAUUGACGGAGACUACUUUGGAGAUCUGCCUCCUGACCAAAGGAAACGUUUGGCAACAGUGCGAGCUAUGACCAUCUGCCAGCUCUUAUCCCUGCACGCAGACGGCUUCCAGCAGGUCCUACAGGCCUUCCCUAACGUCAGGAAAGAUCUGGAGAUGACUGCCCAAUAGCGCCAAGAGGACCUAAAGAAGGCACAACAACAGAGUGAAUCCAAACCUAAAGAUAUGCAGAGGGAAAACUGAGGAGAUAACUGAGUGAAGGGGCCUCGCACAACACCAUUCACUAACACUUAGUUUAAAAAACAAUGUAGAACCAAACAAUGUUACACAUUUUUUGUAAAUAAAAUGAACAGUAUGCUGAA